AUGUAUUUUCGAGCCAGUUUGAUGGCAUUGCUUUGCCUCACUCUUAGUGAAUUCGUUCCUAAAGCAUGGGUAAUGUUUUUCAUAUUUUAUAUAUCUUUUACCCGAUCGCUUACCGUUUCGCUGAACAUGUCCAUGACCCGAACCAUGGUUCCAGAUCCGCCAAAUGGAACCGAAACCAAGCUCAGCCAGGAGAUGCUUAGGGCUUGUAUGCGUAGGACCGAGAUCUCAAUGUCGCAACUGAAACUAUUUCAUAUGAGCCUGAUGAACAGCGACUACAAUAAUGACAACGAUAUAGCCCCUACGCCAGUUCAAUCCAUUGGCGAUGUGAAUAACCUGGGUGAUCUGGACUUCAAUGGCAAUUCACAGAUGCCCUAUCUCGAUCUGAAGCAUAAUGAGCCGCUGCAGUGCUUUGUGAGCUGUCUGUAUGAGACCCUGGAUGUGGAUAGGUACAAUGUCCUGCUGGAGGAGGCCUUCAAGAAUCAGGUGCAAACAAUCAUACAGCAUGAGAAGGCGGAGAUCAAGGAGUGCAGUGAUCUUCAGGGCAAAACACGAUGCGAGGCAGCCUACAAGCUGCACCUGUGCUACAAUCACCUGAAAACUUUGGAGGCGGAGCAGCGUAUCCGUGAGAUACUGGAGCGGACCGAGGCGGAGAACGAGGGAUUCGGUCCGGAGGGCAGCGACUUUAUCGACGGCAUCCAGCAUUCUGGAGAAGCAAUGACCACCACUAAGUCGGAGUAG